GUUACUGGCCUUCGUACAAUAUUCCUUUCCAUGAAAAGAUUUACAAUCUCAGCGGGUACACAGCAUAUGUCCGGAAGUAUGGCCUGGAUUUCUCUUACGAGCUUGCUCCGAGAGCAAAAAUCUUCCGGCGAGACCAGGGCAAGGUGACCAACUUGGAAAGCAUGAAGUACAUCAUGAGAUACAACAACUACCAGCGUGAUCCUUAUGCUGAACGCAAUCCUUGCAACACGAUUUGCUGCCGAGAAGACUUGAAUCCUUGUGCAGCUGCUCCAAGGGGCCGCUGCGGGACGGGGUGUCCCCCCAUCCUCCCUCCGCAGAUGCAACUCCUUAGGACACGCCAUAAUCAGAAGAGCAAGGACAGCAAUCCGGCCGUCUUGCCCAUGAAAGAGGACAACUUCUCAGAUAAGAACAAGGAACAUAUUUUUUUCAUCACAGACUCAGAGCCUUCAGGAGGAGACUUCUGGAGAGAUAUAGCAGGCGAACACACCCAAGAAACUAAUUCACCUCAUUCACUGAAGAAGGAUGUAGAAAACAUGGGAAAAGAGGAACUCCGGAAGGUUUUGUUUGAACAAAUUGACUUACAAAGGAGACUAGAAGAGGAAUUCCAGGUGUUGAAAGGAAACGCAUCUUUCCCAGUGUUCG